UUUGAGUGAUACGUUUCUGCCCAAAGAGGUUUCAGACUUAGGUGGGGUUACAUCUUGACAAAGCCACAGAAUGAGUUCAUCAUGGCCACUAUCCCUCCCCAUGUGAUGUUCCAACCUGAACAGGAUAACAAUUAAGGGAUGAAUCUUGAGGAGAGGAGUUUUUUUUUUGCCUUCUUUGACUUCUCAUACAUUUCCUUUGGAAGCUUUACAAACUCAAGUUGAGGAUUUUCACUUGGCUCCACUGAUUUUGUCUUCCAACCUUCCCAAAAUAUGACAACAUAUUUUUGGCUAAGAUUAUGGGGACGCCCCCAAAAAAUCCUUAUGUCCCAUAUACAGGUGAUAUAAGUAACAAGGGUUGAUGCUGCUGGGAUGUAUAGUGUUAAAGAUAAAAACAUUGUGUUUAUUGUGUUAACAGAAAGUCCAAGAGAUAAACCUGCCACACCCUUUGUAUCUAUAAGGAUAAAACUGGGAGAAAGAACUUUGAGUUUUGUUUGUGUUCUUGCUUUCAAUGAUGGCGGCUGCUAAUUUGAGAGAUGAGCUGAACUGCUCCAUCUGCCUGAGCAUUUAUACUGACCCCGUAACUCUGCCGUGUGGCCAUAACUUCUGCCGGGUCUGUAUUGGGAAGCUGCUGGGUAGCCAUGAGGGAUCUGGGGCUUAUUCCUGCCCCGAAUGCAGAGCAGAGUAUCAGGAGUGCCCUUCCCUGCACAAGAACAGAACUCUGGGGAACAUUGCAGAGCAAUAUCUUUCUACUCACCCAGAGCAGAAUGGGACUGGGAUCUACUGUACUUACUGUAUUCACUCUCCUGUACCUGCUGCUAAAUCCUGUCCACUUUGUGAGGCUUUUCUGUGUGAUGACCACCUGAAGGUACACAGCAAGUCAGCAGAACAUGUCCUGAUGGAACCCACCACUUCUAUGAGGAACAGAAAAUGUUCUGCACAUCACAAGGUUCUGGAGUAUUACUGUUGUGAGGACUCUGUCUCUAUCUGUGUGUCCUGCUGGGUGGCUGGAGAGCACAGGGGCCACAGAGUGGAGCUGCUGAGUGAGGCCUCUGAGAAGAAGAAAGAGAAAUUGAGGAAUGUUCUGGAGAAAUUGGGUCCAGAGAGAGAGGAGAAUGAGAGAGAAGUCCAGAGGCUACAGGAGCUCAAGAGAGAAGUUGAAGAAAAAUCAGCUGGUGAGACAGAGAAAGUCACUGCCCUGUUUAGGGGCAUAAGAGAACAACUGGAAGUCCUAGAAAAGCAACUCCAGAGUGACAUCUCCAGGCAGAAAAAGGAACUUUCCCUCUACUUCUGGGAUCUGAUGGAACAGCUGGAAAUAAAGAAGGACGAGCUGUCCAGGAAGAUCCGUCACAUUGAGGAGCUGUGCAACAUGGCAGAUCCACUCACUGUCCUACAGGAACGGGAAUCACAUGGAGCUGCAGAUAAUGAGGGGGGCAGAGAUGAUAUAAAGGUCCCUGCUGUAGGGGAUCUGGAUGUGGAUCUGAUCUCAGAGACAUUACUCACAGGCUUAGCUGCCAUUGUGACUGGGGUAAAGGGAAGGAUCUAUGGGCAGGAGGCUACAGACCUGUUACUGGAUAUAAACACGGCUGGGGAUCAUGUAUCUGUAUCAGGGGACAGGAAAUCUGCUUCCUACUCACGUACAGACCAGCGUCGGCCACAAACCCCAGAGAGAUUUCAAGUUCCUCAGGCUUUAAGCACCAGGGGUUUCUCCUCAGGGCAACAUUACUGGGAAGUGGAGGUCAGUGAAUUAGGUUACUGGAGGUUAGGGGUGACCUAUUCCAAUGUAGAGAGGGGUGGGGGUCAGUCUUGGAUUGGGAAUAAUAACAUGUCCUGGUGUUUGUACAGAUGGGGAAGCAGCUAUUUAGUGAUACAUGAUAGGAAUGAAACCAAGUUGCCCCACGGCCCUUCCUGCAGGAGAAUCAGGAUCUCAUUGGACUAUGAGGCCGGACGUCUGUCCUUUUAUGAGCUGAGUGAGCCAAUCAGACACUUACACACCUUCACUGCCACAUUCACUGAGCCCCUCCAUGCUGCCUUCUUGGCAUUGGAUUCCUGGGUUAGAAUCAUGAGUUAUGGCAUCGCUGACUCCCCAACAGAGAAUGCUAUUCCCAGAGGUGCCCUUAGCCCAGGGAUUCCAGGAAAGGAAGGGAGUACCGGGGGCUUGUUUAAGAUGAACAAGAGAAGAGGACAAUAUACCCUCAUCACUCUCCACUUUAUGUUUCCAGCCCUCUCCAUCUGCAGCAUGGUGAUGGCGGCCGCUGAUCUGAGAGACGAGCUGAGCUGCUCCAUCUGCCUGAGCAUUUAUACUGAUCCAGUAAUGAUGCCGUGUGGCCAUAACUUCUGCCGGGGCUGUAUUGAGAGGGUGCUGGGCACCCAGGAGGGAUCUGGGGCUUAUUCCUGCCCUGAAUGCAGAGCAGAGUAUGAGGAGCGCCCUGCCCUGCCCAGGAACAGAACUCUGGGUAACAUAGCAGAGCGAUUCCUUUCUAGUCACCCAGAGCAUGAUGGGACUGGGAUCUACUGUACUUACUGUAUUCACUCUCCUGUACCUGCUGCUAAAUCCUGUCUGAACUGUGAGGCUUCUCUGUGUGACGAUCAUGUGAGGGUGCACAGCAAGUCAGCAGAACACAUCUUAACGGAACCCACCAGUUUUGUGGGGAACAGAAAAUGCUCUACACAUGACAAGGUUCUGGAGUAUUACUGCUGGGAGGAGUCUGUCUGUGUCUGUGUGUCCUGCUGUCUGGCCGGUGAGCACAGGGGCCACAGGGUGCUGAGUGAGGCCUCUGAGAAGAAGAAAGAGACACUGAGGCAUGUUCUGGAGAACCUGAGUCCACAGAUAGAGGAGAAUGAGAAACGAAUCCUAAGGCUGCAGGAGCUCAGGAGAGAUGUGGAAGGAAAAGCAGCCGGUGACACAGAGACAGUCACUGCCCUGUUUAGAGACAUCAAGGAGUGGUGGGAAGUCCUAGAGAAGAGACUCCUGAGUAAGAUUUCCAAGCAGAAAGAGGAGCAUUCUCUCCAACUCUCAGAUCUAAUGCAGAAGCUGGAAAUAAAGAAGGACGAGCUGCCCAGGAAGAUCCAUCAAAUUGAGGAGCUGUGCAACAUGGCAGAUCCACUCACUGUCCUACAGGAAUCCGAUAGAGUUGCUGAUGGAUAUUAUAUAAAUGUCCCUGCUGUAGGGGAUCUGGAUGUGGAUCAGGUCUCAGAGACAUUACUCACAGGCUUAGCUGAGUUUUCUACUUGGAUAAAGGGAAGGAUCUAUGGAGAGAAGGUUGCAGACCUGUUAUUGGAUAUAAAGACGACUGGGUAUAAAAUAUCUGUAUCAGGGGACAAAAAAACUGCUUUGUACUCAAAAACUGAACAACGUUACUCACACACCCCAGAGAGAUUUCAGGAUGCUGCUCAGGUUUUAAGCACGAAGAGCUUUUCCUCAGGGCGACAUUACUGGGAAGUGGAGGGCAGUGAAAUGGGGGACUGGGAGGUAGGGGUGGCCUAUACCAGUAUAGAGAGGAGAGGGGAUCAAACUGGCAUUGGGAGUAAUAACAAGUCCUGGAGUUUGUGCAGAUGGGGAUAUAAUUGCUCGAAGAGACACGACGGUAAUGAAACCAAGUUAGAUUAUGUGACUCUUUGUAGAAGAAUCAGGAUCUCAUUGGACUAUGAGGCGGGACGUCUGUCCUUUUAUGAGCUGAGUGAGCCAAUCAGACACUUACACACCUUCACUGCCACAUUCACUGAGCCCCUUCAUGCUGCAUUUCAUAUAUUUGGCUGGGGUGGUAAUGCCUCGAUAAGAAUCAUUAGUUAGGGCACUGGUCCCUUAUAUGAGGAAAGGCUAUGCCCUGAGUUCCCCUUCAGUCUUUUAUACCAGGAAAGAAGAAGUGCUGGCGCCAUAUUUAUGAUCGAGAAGCCAUUUUAAUUAAUCGCCUGUAAAUUCCAUUUAUUUGUUCACAAGUUUGCCUUCAGUUCCUUCUGCCUGAACAAGAAUCUGUUAGUCCUCCUUCGGAUCCUUCAGUUCUUUCCCCUUUAUCUGUUGGUACCAGUCUCCCUCCCCUCUCAGCUAAAGAUGUCCCCAUUCCCCCAAGAUUCAGCUUUUUGUGUUAUAAUGAAGGUCAGGGAUGGCAAAGUCUCUUGAAAGCAUAAAUCUGGUGCUGUUAAUUAAAAGAGAAGGUGAUUAUUAAUGGAGAAUACGCCACAAGGUACUUUAUUAAGAAGUGGUGAUAGAUUAGGGCUAGAAAAUGGGGGGAGUGCUGAAAAAUGUCCACAACAGUAACAGAGACAUCAUUUUCCAUAUUAUUGAUUCAUUUUACUAUAUUCGUAUGAUACAAACAUAUCAAUAGCAUAUUAGCUGAAAAUCAAAGCUGUAGACACAAUUUAUAACUUAUUACUUGAAAUUUGAAUAUAUGCAAAUUAUCUUACGCACAUUAACUAAAUAUAUUUAUGGUAUUCCUCAUUAAAAAUGUGACAAUAUCAUUAUGCUUUAUUGUUAGCCAUCUCAGCUGCCUGAACUCAAAUGUUAAUUGUUUCUUCUAAAAAAAAAAAAUUAUUAAAAAAAAAAGUCGCCAUAUGUUAAUGAGGGCAAGAAGGUGACUGCAUUUUCGAUCUUUUAUUAAUGUUUUAAAGUGCUUUUUUUUUAAUUUAGAUUUUUAUUGUUUUGGUUUUGAAAUUUUUUUUACAGUAUUUCUUAUCACAAAAUAUGACAUGAAAAGAAUAAAAUAAAAGUUACGGUUCAAUGCACAGAAUAUAACAAAGGAAGGGAACUCCUUAUAUAUCAUGUUUUUGUAGAAUAUGAAUAUUAUUUAACAAAGUCUUUCCAAUCUCACCAAAGCUUCCCGUAUGUAACAUUUUAAUAACGCAAACGGGAAGCUCGGCUUUGAUUGGCUGCCAGAUCUUCUGGGACAAUCGAUUGAGAUUUGUUUUCUUCCACAAUUAUGGGAUGACCCCAGGAUGGAUGAGUUAAAUAAGGCAGUACCUGACGCAGAAUAAUCUUUAGCUGAAAAUACUUCCCCUAUGGACAUACCUACCCCUAAGUAAAAUUUUAAAUGGGUUUUUCACCUUAAAAUUAACUGUUAGGGGCAGAUUUAUCAAGGGCCAAAUUUUGA